CUUCACUUCAACGAGCUUCACUCUGCAUCCUUCGUUUCUCUCCUCCUUCAGAGAAAACUCCAGAGCAACUUGCGUCUCGUUCUUUCGUUCGGGCAUCGUUAUAACCCGGCAUCGUUCAUUCUGUGUCUCUCACCAUGCGGCUGGUCUCCGCGUGGGCAGUGCUAGCGGCUGUCCUUCCCUCCGUCGUCGACUCUUCCCGCCUGACACCUCCUGUCUUACCUCUCAUCGUGCGAAACCCCUACCUGAGUACUUGGCUACAGAAUGCGAGGGAUCUCCCUUGGGAAAAAUGGCCCAUGUUUUGGACCGGUCAGGAAAUCGGCUUCUCCGUUCUAGCCAGUGUGGGAGAACAAAGGACGGUGUAUCCACUGCUUGGGAGACCGCAAGACUCGCUACGUAGUGAGGGCGACAAUUAUACUAUCUCUUACCCUGUUUACCGUGGGGCUCAGUACGAUGCCUCGACCACCAACCUGUCCUACUCUCUCCCUCUCACCUCGUCCUACUCCGCCUUGAGCCAUCUCGACAUCACUCUUUCUUUUCUGUCUCCUAUAACUCCUACGUCUACUGUCAGGCAGUCGCUACCCGCAAGCUACGUCACCGUCUAUGUUGCUGGCAACGUCGCGGUGGACAUCUACAUCGAUGUUAAUGGCCAAUGGGUGAGCGGGGACAGAGGCAGCAAGAUUGUCUGGGAACUCGAUCAAAGGCCUCUGGAUGGCAUGGGCAAAGGCUUCAAGACGUGGCAAUUUCGAAGAGAAGUCGAACAACUAUUUACAGAGUUCCAAGAUCGUGCUGAAUGGGGUAGCCUGCAUUUCUCUGCCCCAGCAGAUGUCCGACACGAAGUCGGUACUUCCGCGCUUCUGAGGCAGCGCUUCUCGAGGACAGGGACUCUUCAAAACUUGGUUGAUUCCCACUUCCGUCCCAUCAUGGACCAGGAGCCAGUCUUUGCCUUCUCGAAAUCCUUCGCCAUGAACUAUAGCGCCGAGUCCGUCCACCAUGACAGCAUCACGUUUACCAUUGCCCACAUCCAGGAUCCAGUCGUACAAUUUGCUGCCGCUCGGGGUUUGACGUAUAUGCGACCUUUAUGGGAGUCCUACUUCACCACGGUCGACAAAUUGCUCACAUUCCACUAUCUGGAUUUCUACUCCGCCAAAGAACUAGCGUACAACUACUCGGCCCAGCUGGCCGCCGAUGCUUACAAGUCCGGAGCAGAGGAUUAUGUGGACAUUGUGGCUCUGUCUGCUCGGCAGGUGCUGGGCGCCACAAGCUUUUCCGGUACUCCCGAUGAUCCCAUCCUGUUUCUGAAGGAGAUCUCGUCCAACGGCAACUUCCAGACAAUAGACGUCAUCUUCCCUGCUUUUCCAUUCUUCCUGUACACGAAUCCUCGGUGGCUCGGAUACUUGCUUGAGCCAUUGAUCGAGCACAUGUUAAGCGGACAAUACCCGAACAAGUAUGCAAUGCACGACCUCGGUGCCCACUUUCCCAAUGCGACCGGACAUCCUCUCGGAAGGGAUGAGUAUAUGCCGGUGGAAGAAUGCGGAAACAUUCUUAUCAUGGGUCUUGCUCUAGCAAAUUCCCUGAAGAACGGGGCAAAUACGUCUGUCUCUGAAACUUGGCAACCUAUGAGCGGGGUGCCAGGUCCGACAUCGACGAGUGAGAGCCUCAGUCCGCUUUCUGUUGGCAGAGAAGGUGGUCUGUCCUACAUUGACAAUGCUUACGUUGGGCAGUCGGAAAGUCUCAAAAGGGCUAAAAAAUGGGUGAGCAGGAGUUAUCGAUUGUGGAAGCAAUGGACGAGUUAUGUUGUGGACUUUUCCUUGGAACCUCACAAUCAGUUGUCGACCGACGACUUUGCUGGCUGGCUGGCGCUGCAAACCAAUCUGGCACUUAAAGGCAUCAUCGGCAUCAAGGCUAUGGCGGGUCUGUCAGAGCUUGUUGAGAAUUACGAAGACGCCAAGGUCUACAAUAACAUUUCCAAGGUCUACAUUGCCAAAUGGGAAGAAUUUGGUAUUUCUCGUGAUAAGACUCAUGCGAAGCUCGCCUACGACUGGUACGGUUCAUGGACGACGACAUACAAUCUGUACGCGGACAGCCUGCUGUGCUUCCAUCUCGGGUCGGAAAAUACUUCGAGUGUUCCACCGAGCAUAGGAGGACGAUACGAGUACCAGAAACCACUUAAGAAGAUUGAAGGCGACAAGGAUGGAUUCGUGCCGAAGCACAUCUACCAACUACAGAGCGAUUGGUAUUGGGCGGUACGCCAGAAGUAUGGAUUGCCAUUGGACUCACGGCAUUUAUAUACCAAGACGGAUUGGGAGUUCUUCGCUAUGGCGGUCGCCGCGCCCAAGGUCCGAGCUGGAAUACUGCAGUCCGUCGCAAAGUGGGUCAACGAGACGGACACGGAUCGACCGUUGACGGAUCUGCACAUGACUGAAGGUCGCGGCGGGUUUCCCGGGCCCAAUUUCUUCGCCCGGCCGGUCGUGGGAGGACACUUUGCCUUCUUGACUCUAGGUCAGGCAUGCGGUGGGGAAGCCAUGGCUGGACUGGACUUCUUGGACGAUAGCGUCACGAAGAAGUCGAAGGAUCUGGAUGUCGAUGCUCUUCUCGAGGCGGAGAGGCUGGAGGCCAGUUGGGCGAGCCAGGAGCUAUAGGGCUUUUGAUCUUUUCUGUCCGGUCCGCCCCCGUGUCGUCCGGUUAGUGUCAUUGAUGUAAGGUUUUGGAACAAAGGGCUCGCAAUAGGCUACCUUGUAUGUUGCCUGCACACGAAGAAAAGAACUGCAUGUUGGUCUGUCAAAAGGCUGAAACGGAGUAUUUUGGUGUUUUUG